AUGCUGAACGCGGCCACGGAGACACAGAACGUGACCACGGGGACACAGAACGCGGCCACGGAGACACAGAACGUGACCACGGGGACACAGAACGUGACCACGGAGACACAGAACGUGACCACGGAGACACAGAACGUGACCACGGAGACACAGAACGUGGCCACGGAGACACAGAACGUGACCACGGAGACACAGAACGUGACCACGGAGACACAGAACGUGACCACUGAGAGACAGAACGUGACCACAGAGAGACAGAACGUGACCACUGAGAGACAGAACGUGACCACUGAGAGACAGAACGUGACCACUGAGUCACAGAACGUGACCACUGAGACACAGAACGUGACCACUGAGAGACAGAACGUGACCACGGAGACACAGAACGUGACCACGGAGACACAGAACGUGACCACGGAGACACAGAACGUGACCACGGAGACACAGAACGUGGCCACGGAGACACAGAACGUGACCACGGAGACACAGAACGUGACCACUGAGAGACAGAACGUGACCACUGAGUCACAGAACGUGGCCACUGAGACACAGAACGUGACCACGGAGACACAGAACGUGACCACGGAGACACAGAACGUGACCACGGAGACACAGAACGUGACCACGGAGACACAGAACGUGACCACUGAGAGACAGAACGUGACCACGGAGACACAGAACAUGGCCACUGAGACACAGAACGUGACCACGGAGUCACAGAACGUGACCACUGAGUCACAGAACGUGACCACGGAGACACAGAACGUGACCACGGAGACACAGAACGUGACCACGGAGACACAGAACGUGACCACGGAGACACAGAACGUGACCACGGAGACACAGAACGUGACCACUGAGAGACAGAACGUGACCACGGAGACACAGAACAUGGCCACUGAGACACAGAACGUGACCACGGAGUCACAGAACGUGACCACUGAGUCACAGAACGUGACCACGGAGACACAGAACGUGACCACGGAGACACAGAACGUGGCCACUGAGACACAGAACGUGACCACGGAGACACAGAACGUGACCACUGAGACACAGAACGUGACCACUGAGAGACAGAACGUGACCACGGAGACACAGAACGUGGCCACUGAGACACAGAACGUGACCACGGAGACACAGAACGUGACCACGGAGACACAGAACGUGACCACGGAGUCACAGAACGUGACCACGGAGACACAGAACGUGGCCACGGAGACACAGAACGUGACCAUGGAGACACAGAACGUGACCACUGAGUCACGGAACGUGACCACGGAGACACAGAACGUGGCCACUGAGACACAGAACGUGACCACGGAGACACAGAACGUGACCACUGAGUCACAGAACGUGACCACGGAGACACAGAACGUGACCACGGAGACACAGAACGUGACCACUGAGUCACAGAACGUGACCACGGAGACACAGAACAACGUGACCACGGAGACACAGAACGUGGCCACGGAGACACAGAACGUGACCACGGAGACACAGAACGUGACCACUGAGACACAGAACGUGACCACGGAGACACAGAACGUGACCACUGAGACACAGAACGUGACCACGGAGACACAGAACGUGACCACUGAGACACAGAACGUGACCACUGAGAGACAGAACGUGACCACUGAGAGACAGAACGUGACCACGGAGACACAGAACGUGACCACGGAGACACAGAACGUGGCCACGGAGACACAGAACGUGACCACGGAGACACAGAACGUGACCACUGAGAGACAGAACGUGACCACUGAGACACAGAACGUGACUAUGGUCGUUCACAUCUUUCAGCUCCCCACGGCCUUCAGCACUCUCCCCACAGCCUUCAGCAGGUCCCCCACAGCCUUCAGCACUCUCCCCACAGCCUUCAGCAGGCUCCCCACAGCCUUCAGCACUCUCCCCACAGCCUUCAGCAGGCUCCCCACAGCCUUCAGCAGGUCCCCACAGCCUUCAGCAGGUCCCCCACAGCCUUCAGCACUCUCCCCACAGCCUUCAGCAGGCUCCCCACAGCCUUCAGCACUCUCCCCACAGCCUUCAGCAGGCCCCCACAGCCUUCAGCAGGCCCCCACAGCCUUCAGCAGGUCCCCAACAGCCUUCAGCACUCUCCCCACAGCCUUCAGCAGGCCCCCACAGCCUUCAGCAGGCCCCCACAGCCUUCAGCAGGCUCCCCACAGCCUUCAGCACUCUCCCCACAGCCUUCAGCAGGCCCCCACAGCCUUCAGCAGGCCCCCACAGCCUUCAGCAGGCCCAUCACAGCCUUCAGCAGGCCCCCACAGCCUUCAGCAGGCCCAUCACAGCCUUCAGCAGGCCCCCACAGCCUUCAGCAGGCCCAUCACAGCCUUCAGCAGGCCCCCAUAA